GCUGUCGUCAUGGGUGCUGCGGCGCUGCUGCUGCCGGUGCUGCUAUUGCCGCUGGCGGUGGCCGCGGGCGGCCCGGAGGUGCGCAGCUUGCGGGGGAGCUGGCGGCUCCGCAGCGGGAACGGCUCGGUGUCGCUCCGAGCGGAGGUGCCGGGCUGCGUUCACACCGCGCUGCUCUGCCGGGGCCUCAUCCAGGAUCCAUACUAUAGAUUUAAUGAUGUGAUGUACAGAUGGAUCUCACUAGAUAACUGGACUUACAGCAGGACGUUCAAAACUCCUUUUGACAUCAGAAAGUGGCAGAAAGUGAAUUUGGUUUUUGACGGAGUAGAUACAGUGGCACAGAUCCUGCUCAACAAUGUCACUCUCGGGAGAACAGACAACAUGUUCAACAGAUAUAGCUUUGAUAUUACCAGCGUGAUCCAGGAGGUCAAUUUUGUUGAAGUCCGUUUCUUGUCAGCCGUUUCCUACGCAGCGGAGCAGAGCAGAUGUCACAAAGCACACAGCAUCCCCCCGGCGUGCCCUCCACCUGUGCAGAAAGGAGAGUGCCACGUUAAUUUCAUCAGAAAGGAGCAAUGUUCAUUUAGUUGGGAUUGGGGCCCUUCUUUUCCCACUCAAGGAAUCUGGAAAGAUGUUAGGAUUGAGGCCUAUAACCAUUAUCAUCUGAUUUACUUUUCUAUAACUCCUUUCUUUGCAAAGAGUGCUCAGCAGUGGUGUCUUGAAGUCGAGUCUAUUUUUGAUGUAGUCAGCUCCAAGCCAAUUGCGGGUCUUGUGACUGUGAACAUUCCCAAGUUACAAACGCAGCAAACAUUCAGUGUGAAGCUUCAACCUGGAGAAGGCAGCAUUGUGCUGCUUGUAAACAUCAACAAGAGUGCUGUAGUGGAGGCUUGGUGGCCAAAUGGACAUGGAAAGCAGACUGGAUACAACAUGACCACAACUUUCAUGAUGGAGGCAGGAUGCCAGAUUGAGAAGUUUUCAAAGGUUUAUUUUCGGACAGUAGAACUUGUUCAAGAGCCUAUUCCUGGCUCACCAGGUCUGAGUUUCUACUUCAGAAUCAAUGGCCGACCCAUUUUUAUUAAGGGCUCAAACUGGAUUCCAGCAGAUUCUUUCCAGGACAGAGUGACCUAUGACACACUAAGGCUGCUCUUGAAGUCUGCAGCAGAUGCUAACAUGAAUGCCCUUCGGGUUUGGGGAGGAGGAGUAUAUGAACAAGAUGAAUUUUACGAUAUUUGUGAUGAAAUAGGAAUAAUGAUUUGGCAGGAUUUCAUGUUUGCUUGUGCGCUAUAUCCAACCGACCAGAAUUAUUUAGAAUCCGUAAGAGCAGAAGUUUCUCAUCAGGUGCGACGUUUAAAAUCUCAUCCAUCAAUUAUUCUGUGGAGUGGUAACAAUGAAAAUGAAGCAGCAAUUGCAAGCAACUGGUUCUCCAUACCUUAUCCUGACAUAGGAGUCUAUAUCAAAGACUACGUGAUCCUUUAUGUGGAGAACAUACGUGAAAUAGUUCUUAGUGAAGAUAAGAGUCGUCCUUUUGUGGCAUCCAGUCCCACCAAUGGCUUGGAGUCAGUUAAAGAAGGCUGGCUCUCCCGGAAUCCUUAUGACACCCAUUAUGGUGAUACACACUUUUAUGACUACAACAGUGACUGCUGGAACUGGACAGUGUAUCCUAAAACUCGUUUUGCUUCAGAGUAUGGAUUUCAGUCCUGGCCUUCCUUCAGUACAAUUGAAAAGGUUUCCUCCCCUGAGGACUGGUCCUACACAAGCAAUUUUUCUCUCCAUCGGCAGCACCAUGAAGGUGGCAAUAUUCAGAUGCUUCAAGAGAUUGGGCGUCAUUUCAAGCUUCCCCAGAGCCCAGAUCCUGUAAAGCAGUUCAAGGAUAUGAUUUACCUCACUCAGGUGAUGCAGGCUCAGUGUAUAAAGACAGAAACUGAAUUCUAUCGUUUUAGUCAAAGUGAAAUAAUCAAUGGAGAAGGACACACCAUGGGAGCUCUGUACUGGCAGCUCAAUGACAUUUGGCAGGCACCUUCAUGGGCUUCCUUGGAGUAUGGUGGUAAGUGGAAACUGCUCCAUUAUUUUGCCCAGAACUUCUUUGCACCACUGCUGCCUGUGGCCUAUGAAGACAAAGGGGUGUUGCACAUCUAUGGUGUCUCAGACCUUCAUGAGGACCACAAGCUAACUUUAAGGGUCGUAGUGCACGCCUGGAGCUCUUUGGAACCCGUGUGCAGCCUUGCCAAAGAAGGUGUGACUGUGAAAGCACAGAGUGCUGUCCCCAUCUACAAGGAGUCCAUCAGUGACCUUCUGGAAAGAUGCAGAUGUUGUACCAGGAAAAGCUGUGUCAUUACUUUCUGUCUCAUGGGAGAAGAUGGGCUCCAGAGUCCUACAAACCAUUACUUCCUUUCAUCACUCAAGGAUGCCGUGGGAUUAGAGAAGACCCAGCUUAGUGCCUCUGUGUCCCAACAAGACGAUGUUUAUAUAUUUGUUCUUCAGACCACUGCAAUUGCUCCUUUUGUUACUCUGGAUGUAGGGAGUAUAAAAGGCAGAUUUAGUGAUAAUGGUUUCCUCAUGACUGAAAAGAAGAAAAUGGUUGUGUUUUAUCCUUGGGAACCUACCAGUGUUGCAGAACUAGAAAGUUCACUAGUCUUGACCUCUCUACUGGACGUUGUCUGAGAAUACUUCAUUUCCUUCUAGAUAAAGAGUGAAACAGGAGGAGAAAAACAAAUUAGAAGAAUUUGAUUGAAGCUGAAGUGACAUGCACUUUGAGCUGUCUGAAGAACAUACUGUCUCUUCCUGUCUUGUGAAUUUUAACUGCUGGUUCAAUGUAAAGAUACAACAGCAAAGCUUACAUAUAAUAUAUGUGGUAUAUUGAAAACACAUCCAUAUUUUUUUCUAGUUUCACUAUUCUGUAAGUGGAAAUUCAGUUUAGGAUAACAGCCAGGUAUGCUGGGGGCAAGGGAGAAAGGAGAGGGAGUGAAGCUGGGACUGGCUCCAGUAGGCCACUGAGCCACUCCAUGGGCAGGUUGCUAAACAUUUGGCUUGUCUGUCAGCCGUGGUUUGAAAUGCAGCUGGGAUCUUGCUGGGGUUCCACAAGGAUCCUCUGUCCACCCAAGCAAAUAUUACUUUUCUUGCAAAGCAGAAUCAGCAUCACAGCAGGUGGAGUUUGAACGACCUCUGCCACUGAUGUGCGUCGCUGUGCUAAAAGCAGCGCGUGGGCAUUACUCACUGGUGCUGUGGGGGAGCAGCUGUGUGUUCCAUGGGACAAUUCCGACUCCAUUUCAGCUGUGAUCACAGUUUUAAUGAGCAUGUUGAUACUUUGGUUUGGUGACCCAAACCAAAACUGACGUACUCCUGAGCGAGAGGAAGAACUUAGAGAUGAAAGGGAAAUGAUAAAUAAGAGUUUCUUACAAAUGCUUAUUGGGUCACCAAAACAACUAACUGCAGUUGCAUCUGGUUCACAACAAGUCCUAGUUAAAAGAAGACACGAAAACAAUCAAAAUAUGGAUGUGUAUGUAUGUGCCAGUGUUAAUAGAUUUUGUAAAAUAGAUAGGGAAAGUGACAGUCAUGAGUAAAACUUAACAAAUGCAGGCGUUGACAAAGGAAAAAAAAAAGUUAUUCUGAGAGGCAUCAUGGCCCAACAAUACCAGAAAAAUCCUUCAGUUUUUUUGGUGUCCUGGAAUCAAGGUGGAAUCAAAGCAUCAGUAAAGGUAAGAAAGAAAAAAAUGUGGAGAAAAUAUGAUUAAUAUGUACUGCUGCAGUGUAUUAGGAAGAGGGCAAGUCUGUUGAUGUCUUUCUUUUACACUGAUGGAGAAAUGUCUCUUCCAGCAACACCUAGAUAGAAUUUCAAAAUGGCACUUAACAGUGUUAAAUAAACAAAACUUUGGAGGAAUCACUUGUUUAGAGACAAUCAAGAGCCCUAUCUGGAGGUCAGUGAUAUUUGUUCGUCUCAGCAUAUGAGUGAAGUUUGAGAUAUGUAGAAAAAUUUUUGGAUUGCUAGAAGCAAAACCCAUUCAUUAAUUUUGAUAACUGUGACCUUGUCUAGCCUCGCACAAUUUUUAAGCAAAAUCUUGAAAGAAAUGACGUGGUACAUGAUUAAUGAAGUGGCUAUGCAAAUAAAGUCUACCAGCACAGUUACACAGAACCGUAUUCUAUUAUUUUUUUCUCUGUUGCUUUCUGCAGUUACCAGAUCAACAAAGCAAGGUUUGAGCAAUUUUUAAAAUUAUUGCUGUUUUUGAAGACCAGGAGCUCCCUAAGGAGUAGGUCCCUUCUUUCUCUCUGAAAAUCUUUAAUUCAGCACUAGGUGCCAUUAUGAAAGAUUACCAGUUGCUUAAGUCAAUGCUUGAACUCAAAACAGAAUUUAAAGAGGAAGGUUGACUUCCAUUAUUGUUUCAAUAUCUUUAAUAUGUUAUUUUGGUUUCCUGGUGUUGUCGUAGGUGUAUAUUUAUAGAAGCUGUUCUCUCACCAUGCAGUGGCUGGAAGGUGUGCUUAGGUUAACCAUUGGUACUUUGACAGUGGCAUCCUGUGCUGUACUGGUUACAUUGUUCUGCCUUUGUCUCAGAUCUGGUCCGAGGUGGGGAGGUACCCUGCUCUCCUACCCACACAUCCAUCUUGCCUGCUGAGUGUUGUUACAGCUGCAGCACGCCUGUGUUGCCAGUUCUGACGGGGUUUGGCAGCAGGAGCCUUAGGAGAGCAUUUGGAAUCUUUUGAAUCCAGCAAAAGUUUGGACAGCACCAUUGGCCAUUACUCUAGAACUGCUUUAUUUCAUCCAGACAUGAUCAUCCAGAAACGCCAGAAGCUGUGGAUGGUGGGAGUGACACCCAGGUUACUGAAGACUGAGCUGAGCCAAGAACCACCCUCUCAAUGCUCCAUCUUUGUGCCACAAUAGUUGACUAGAACUUAAAGAUUUCUUUUUGAGACAAACAUAUGAAGAGCUUUCAUCAAGUAAGUGACCCUGAAAUAGGAACAAAUCAGUAGCAUCUAUCACCUGUGCAGGAUCCACAGGAGGAGUGCCUGACUGCAAGAGCUGAAUCUGAAGGUACGAUGUGGGAUCAGUGUGACUAAAACAGUGGUGGCACCUUAAGAGUUCAGUCUUGUUUUUCUAAACAAACAUCUUAAAAUAAACUAUGUGAUGCCCUCCAUGUUGCAGAGAGAGCAGAACCCCUCUUACCCUUCAAGAUGAAUCUAAAGGGGCAAUAUGUGUACAAGCACAUUUUUGGGUGGGUGUGAAGGUUUAUUCAUGACUGACCAAACAGUUUUCCAUAGAGAAUAAACUGGCAAUGUUAGACUGGAAUGGAGUGACUGUGGUGUUUCUUUUUUCUUACCAAAAAUACCUACAGUGUUUUUACACAGGGUGUAAGUUUCCACAUUUGACUACAGGCAGCACUACCAGUGUUUGAACAGGAAAAAACAAACAUUUUUGUUACUAAACCUGGCCAGGCAAUGACUGAACAGCUCUGCGGACAAACUUCUCACAACCUCUCUUAGUAGAGUUCCCUGCCCAAAACCACUGUAGGACCUCUGUCAUUGAAGGUGCUCAGAACUGAACUGGACAUAAGAUGGGCAACCUCACGUCAUGUUCCACAGGCCCUGCUCUGAGCAGGUAGUUGGCCAGCAGGGCUGCUCGAGUCCUGUGUAACCUAAGCCAUCCCCAGUUUCUUUGCCUACAGAACACUGGGCCACUUUGGAGUGCUACGCAUUGUGGAAGGAGAAAUUUAGUACUGAAGUCUUGCUGAGAAGUUUAGGAGCCCAAAAUAUUUUUGUUUAUCCAGCUGUGAGGGAGGAAAAAAAAUAAAGUCAAAAGCUAAUGGCACUUGCACACACCUACGAGAUAAUUGCCUGUAUUCCCAGUACAUCCAAGGCAUUACCAUUAGCAAAUGGCAGGUGUCUGGUUUUAGCAAAGGGCAGCAGUAUAAUGAAUACUGUGAUGCAGGCAUGCUGAUUCAAGUGGUUAAUUUUUCCUCUCUCUCCUAUGCCUAGCAGAUCUCUAUGAUGAGAGGGGUCACACUGCAGCAAAGUAUUUCUGAAACCAGUAAGCAGGUGAAGCAGUGUGUGAAAGUAGGCAUGCAAUCCUCACAGUCCUAGAUAGACUGGGGAGGGGAAACUGAAAAUAAGU